AUGGCAUCCAACAACAACCAGGAGCGAAAGUUCUCCCACCUGCCGCUGAGCACCAGCGGCCCCAUUAGCUGUGCUCUCACCGGCAGCGCUUUGCUCAACACGCCGUACCUCAACAAGGGCACUGCUUUCCCCGAGGAUGAGCGCCGCGAAUUCAACCUUACCGGCUUGUUGCCGCAGAGCGUGCACAGACUCGAGCAGCAGCUGGAUCGUGCCUACGCCCAGUACAGGAUCCGCCCGGACGACCUUGCCAAGAACACCUUCCUGACUUCUUUGAAGGAGCAGAACGAGGUAUUGUACUAUCGCCUCUUGCAAGAAAAUCUUCCCGAGAUGUUCAGCAUCGUCUACACGCCCACAGAGGGAGACGCCAUCCAGAAAUUCUCCCAUCUCUUCAGGCGGCCCGACGGCUGCUUUCUCAACAUCAAUGACAUUGACCGGGUCUAUCACGAUCUCGCCCAGUGGGGGCGCCCAGAGGACAUCGACUACAUCGUCGUCACCGAUGGCGAAGAGAUCCUUGGCAUCGGAGACCAAGGCGUCGGCGGCGUCUUGAUCUCCGUCGCAAAGCUCGUCCUCACAACCGUUUGCGCCGGUAUACAUCCCAACAGAACCCUCCCCGUUGUGCUGGACUGCGGUACGGACAAUGAGGGGCUUCUGAACGAUGAUCUAUACCUGGGUCUCCGUCAGAAGCGUGUGCGGGGAGACAAGUACGACCGAUUUGUCGAUGAGUUUGUCAAGGCAUGCAGGAGGCUGUAUCCGCGUGCAUACAUCCAUUUUGAGGACUUUGGUCUUGACAAUGCGAGGAGGAUUCUCGACCGAUACCGCCCUCAUAUCCCGUGCUUCAACGACGACAUUCAGGGAACCGGCUGCGUGACGCUGGCCGCAAUCAUGGCUGCGUUGCAUGUGAGCAAGCUUAAACUCUCCGACCUGCGCCUGGUCAUCUUUGGUGCGGGGUCGGCCGGCGUUGGGAUCGCAGACCAAGUCCGGGACGCUAUUGCCGCCGAGGGGAACAUCGACAAGAAGGAGGCGGCUAAGCAAAUCUGGCUGGUAGACAGGCCCGGUCUGCUGACCAACGAGAGCGAGCUGUCUGCCGCUCAGACGAGCUUUGCGAGAGACUCUUCGGAAUGGAAAGGAAAAGAUGGCUCCCUCCUCGAGGUCGUCAAGACCGUCAAGCCCAAUGUCCUUAUCGGGACCUCCACCAAACCCAAAGCAUUCACUGAGGAAAUCGUCCGCGCCAUGGCCGAGGGUGUCGAGAGGCCCAUUAUCCUCCCGCUCUCUAACCCGACGUACCUGCACGAAGCCGUGCCCAAGGACAUCUACAAAUGGACCGACGGCAAGGCUCUCGUCGCGACGGGGUCGCCGUUUGCGCCUGUCACUGGGCCUUGGGGCGAGGAGGGCGAGGACAUUGAGAUCGACGUCGCAGAGUGUAACAACUCGGUCGUCUUUCCCGGCAUUGGCCUUGGCUCGGUACUCUCCCGCGCGAGUCUGGUCACGGACAAGAUGCUGGUGGCGGCGGUUCAGGGCGUUGCUUCGUUGAGUCCCGCACUUGAGGACCAGAGGGAGCCUCUACUACCCGGGGUCGAAGAUGUCUGGAACGUCAGCGUAAGAAUUGCGAGGAACGUGAUCAAGGCUGCUGUCGAGGAGGGCGUGGCGACAGAGAAGGGCAUCCCCGACAAUGACGAGGACCUGGACGAGUGGAUCCGCGAGCAGAUGUGGUAUCCCAAGUACCGGCCACUGAAGCUCGUUGCGUUGAACGAGGCGAGUAGGGAAGCCAAGGGGGAGAUGAAGGUCGCAGGUAGCUUGGCCAAGGUUGGGAACUGGUAG